CUUACAUACUCUCAUGACGAUUCUUUCGUGAUAACCCGGCAGUCUCAUCGAUAUUGAUGAUUGGCAGCCAUUUCUAGUUAACUAUCUAGUAAGCUCAGAAUGCCUAGCUGGGCUCGAUCACGCAGUGGAUGCGCCGCAUGCAAGUCCCAACGGUUGAAGUGCGAUGAGAUUUGGCCGUCUUGCGGCAGAUGUACUCGCCUCGAUAUAAACUGUUCUGGGCCGAUUAUCCGUCUGAGAUGGUCACAAAAGCACCAAGCACGUCCCGAUAACGGACUCCAAAAGCGAACAACACAUACGAAGCAGAGUCUACAGCCAUCGACGACCAGGCACUCCAACAUUACAGGCCAGCCGGAAGCUGCUCUCCUGGAUUCAAACUUCUCUUCCGCAUUUGACCCUGCUGCCGUGGAUGGAAAUUGUGCCCUUUCUCCCAGCCACGGCGGUGAUGGCUGGAUCGACGAAGCGUUUGGAGACAUGAUGCCGGAACUCAUGUCGUUUGGUCUCAUACCCAAUGCUACUGCGACAUCAAUCCAGACUCCAGAACUGCUGCAAAUGGCAGAAGAAUUUGGCCCUACAAUUGAGACGGCGAAGUUGAGCCCAAAAGAGCCAAUACACCCAGAGAGGGAAAUUUCAGCAUCACCCAUAACAUCUUUACCGAUCGAUACAAACCGACCGCAAAGCGUCUCAUCUCAACCAGUGCAGGUCGCUGGGACGCCGCAGCCUUACACUUCGACAGUUGUCGACCGACCUCUCAACGAUUACAGUACCAUUCUCGUCGAGUACUACUUCAAAGACACAGCCGCUAUACUCGCCCUAUACGACAGCGAGAUGAACCCAUUUAGGUCAACCGUCUCUCGCGUAUGGACAUCCUCGGAGCUCAUAUACUGUACAUUGCAGAGCAUGGCUGCAUCGUUUCUCUCCAAUGUCUAUCCUCAGUUGCUACAUACCGGACUGUACUUUCGACAAAAAGCCAUCCGUCUUCUUAAUGACCUUGAUGACUCUGCAAUUCAUGAACAGGCGCUGAUUGCCUUAUUUAUGAUUGGUGGUACAGCUAGCUGGUUCGACGUCAACGACACUGGUUCUGAGUACUUUCCCCGUCUCAAGAAACAUGUACAGAGUCUGAAGACUUCCGGUCGCAUGGCGACGACAGGACAAAGCCAAGCCUUUUUCGAGAAUACUUUGGCUUGCUGGGAAAUGUUCCUGGCUUUUGUGGUCGAUGGGGAUGAGAAUGAAGUUUUCGACUCGCCGCAUUUACCACUGUUACCAGCAGAUCCAGAACCAGAACCUAGAUCAAUAUUCCCCGUGGUCCAAAUACCACAUCCUGUAACUGGAGUCGCGCACGAGAUCCAUACUACUCUCGCAAGGGUCGGCCGUUUGGUCAGAAGAAAUCGUCGUCGUGCCAUGUCCAAACAAUUCCUCACACGGGAAAGUAUUCUGGAGGCACAUCGCGAGGUCGAUGAAGCAGCUGAAUUAGAAAUAUUUCUCACCAACCUGCAGGUUCCGUUAGAGUCCGCAAUAGUGCAAACGGGCGACUCACAAACACCGACCUGGCAUCUCACAGCCCUCGCAGAAGUAUAUCGAUUUGUUGGCCUUAUUCAGCUGUAUCACGUCUUUCCCGACACUCUUGUAUCAAGGAUGAGCCUUCAGAACUCACAUGCUGGUGGAGAUGUUGCUCAAGUAUCUGCCCACGAAGCGGAGGAGAGGUUAAGACAGUUCACGCUCAAGGCCGUCGAAAUCCUCCGCUCCAUACCUGCUGAAUCUGGGACCAAAGACUUCCAUCCAUUCUUGAUCGUCGCAGUCUGCAGUGGACUAACAAUUCCAAUAGUCGAAGUGUCGGCUUCUCCACAGGCCAUGGCGGGCUUGGGGAACUCGUUGGCUCUAGUUGCGGCUGAUGUUCAUCGGGCGCGGGGAUUUCUGAGAGGUCGACUACAGCUGCUUUUGCAUUCUCUACCAAAGAACCCAAUUCAGCGGUGUAUAGACAUAGUUGAGGCUACUUGGGCGGAGACAGACAAUCGUCAUGAGAGUUCAGGACGACCUGCGUACUGGAUGGAUGUGAUGAUGCAGAAUAACUGGGAGACUUUUAUGGCAUGAUGACUGGCGUUAGAUCCAAUACCAAAGAUGAGCAGUCACUAUCAGCAAUUGUUUCGCACGGGAGACGCGAAAUGCCUCAAUUGACAAAUGCCUCGACCGCUUAAUCUAAC